AGUGAUUUUUCUUCAUUCUUAUGAGAUCAAGAACGUUUAAAGUUGAAGCAAGAAACAACUAGGCCUACCCGAAAUAAAACAGCAAACUAACACCAAUGCAGCAUGGAUGUGGCUGACAGAGCUAUUGGGUUAAAGAACAUUCUGAAGAAAUGGGAGAAAGCUUUCCAAGAAACCCACGACAGGAAGCCGAGCCGAUCAGAUGUCAAAGGAGCACCUCAGAGAAUUCAAGAUGCCUACAGGGAGUACAGUAAUUUGAAGAAAACCCCGGAAGGAGCAUCAGGGCCAGUGGUCACCGGAAACCAACCAGAUAAAAUCCCCAGAGGUACAUGGGGUACUCAUCUCAAUCAGUCUUGGGUGAAAAUCCCAGACAAGGAAACAAAGACGUCAAAGAGCCAUGAACAGGGUACCAUCUUACGGCAAUACAGUAGGAAGUUGCAGAACGUGGCAGGUGCAGGAAAGCAGCUUCCCAAGACUCCUUGCUACAAGAAGCCUGGCUUUGGAUCACAUGCUUCAAAGCCAUCGUCCAAAGUCAAUGAUGCACUCCAGGCUGAAGACCUAGGCGACGACUCCAUCAGCAAGGACGAUGCUGUCCAACCGUCGUCAGGGAGCAUCUUCAGCUGUCUGCGAGGCAGCAAAGUUUCCCUCACCAGCUCGUCUCAGAAGGCAAGGCUUUGCCGCGACGACAUUCCUUUCGGCGUGCUCCAUUCCAAACCGUCAAAGAAGCACUCCCUAAAAAUGGAAUGGCUGGACAGCUGCGAGCUAACCAUACGAACUGGAGAGAUGAAUAAAACUACAGAGGACUGCCCAGGAAUGCCACAGGGAGGAGUAAAUAACUGCUCAAAAACCACACUAGAGAACCAAGAGAAUAUCUGGGAUUGUGAGGUAUCUAGAAAUGGGAGCCAGAAACUUGAGGGUAGAUCAAAGCCACCAGCAAACACGCAUGCAUUGGCGUCAGACAGUUCAUUGGAAACUGCAGCUUAUAAAGGGUACAGCGUUGGUAGUGCCCUUUUAUCAAAGGCAAUACAGGGCCGUCAGGCUCAUGCAGACCCAUGUAGUGUGUCAAGAACCGAUUCAGUGGUCAGGUUGGAAAUGAACAGAAGCGACGACCAAGCUUGCAAACAAUCAUUUUGUUCCAGAGCUGUUACCAGUGUCCCUCAGAGGAACAAUCCAGAUGAGGCCAUCCCUAGGAAACGCAAAGCUUCAUUUGCAGAGGUUGCCAUGGAAACUGGAGAACACAAAACCUUCCACAGCAGUGCAACCUGCGGUAAACCAGCAAGUGAUAUUUCUCCACUCGUAAAUGCAACCAACCCGAAAAGAUCCGAAAAUCAAGCCCACAAAACUCCCAAAGAAACUUCUCAAGACCCAGAGAAAAGCUGUUUGACUGAGGAAAGUAACACUGUGUCAAUUUGUGCCCCAAAGACAGUCAAUGGAGUUUGACUCCUGACAGAGAAAAACAAACUUCGGUGUCGGGCAAGAACAGCUCAGAUAGGUACAUAAAAGAGAGCCCAGGUCACUUAGGGAGUUUACAAGCAGUCCAUCAUCCAGGCACUCAAGAAGGAGAAGGGUAUGUAUUUAGGGAAGAGCAACAGUAUUAUCACCAACUUGAAGUGCACGCAGACUCAGAAUUGGAUGGUACAAGCAAAGGAAAGAAGAGUGCACGGUCUAAGAAAAUGGCUUCAUCUGACUCCAGGGCACCGUCUUCAUCAGCCCCUGCUCCCAAGCGCUCAAAUCUGAACGAGAACUUUGUCAAGCUGGAGAUGAAGAAGAAGAGGUACUCCCGUCGGGGGCUGUUCCACCUGAAGGGCGAGGCCUACAAGCGGCAGGUGUGGAAGCAGAAAAUGCAAGGGCACAGCAGUUUGGGUCUGAGAGGGCGGGGCGGCUGGAGGGGAGGAGGAAGAGGGGGCGUCGGCCGAGGUAGAGGAAGGGGCGGGUUCAACCCGGCCAACCCAACGGAUAAGUGCUUCAAGUGCGGACAGACAGGGCAUUGGGCCAGCAGAUGUAUGGGUUUCCAGCCUGACACUGGAGAUGAUAAAAAGGUGGAGGUUAAGGAAGAGGACUUUCCCACACUAGAGGAAGCAGCGAUGGCUGCCCGUGGCAUCAAAACUACUCAAGAUGGAGGCGUGGAUCCUGUGCAUGUUGACUUUAUCCCCGAAGCAAACGUUGAGACGAUGUAUGACUUCCCCCCUCCACCGCCUCCCAUACAACCCCUUCUUCAGCUCACCUCAAACGGGAAACCCGGGGAGGUUCCUCCGUCCGUGUACAAAGCAUUGAGGCAGAUGGGUUACAGCAGCUUCAGGCCGGGUCAGGAACAAGCCGUUAUGAGAGUUCUCUCAGGGCUAUCCACCUUGGUUGUAUUAUCCACCGGGGCAGGCAAGUCACUCAUUUACCAGCUGGCAUCACUGGUGUAUAGCCAGCGUUCUCCCUGCAUCACGCUGGUUAUCUCACCACUGGUAUCACUCAUGGAUGAUCAGGUGUUAGGGCUACCAGAUUGUCUAAAGGGUGUCCGUCUGCACAGCAAUAUGACCAAGCCACAGCGCGAGAAAGUAGUGAAGGAGAUACAGGCUGGCCGGGUCAACAUCCUGCUGGUGUCUCCCGAGGCCAUCGUGGGAGGGGGCGGGGGGACGGGAGGGGGCUGCAUGCCAGCCCUGGCACAGCUGCCGCCAAUUGCAUUUGCCUGCAUUGAUGAGGUCCACUGCCUGUCUGAGUGGUCCCACAACUUCAGGCCUUCCUAUCUCAUGCUGUGUAAAGUAUUACGGGAUAGACUGGGGGUGCAGUGCAUGCUGGGAUUAACAGCCACUGCUACCAUGGCAACCGCUCAGAGUGUUGCUCAGCAUCUUGGGAUAGCCGACGAUCCAGAUGCCAUCAUCCGUGGAACGUGUCUGCCAGAUAAUUUGCUCCUUUCGUCUUCCAGAGACGACAACAGAGAGCGUGCUUUAGUGGAGUUGCUGAAAAGUGAACGCUUCUGUCAUCUUCCAUCCAUUAUCAUCUACUGCAUCAGACGAGAGGAUACUGAAAGAGUAGCAUCACUGCUUAGGACUUGUCUCCCUGACACGGAGCUGCAGCCAGUACCAAUGCAGGAAAAUGAUGAGCAAACUGUCAACGAAUUUAAAGACGGCCAAAUGAAUAUCUCAGUAAUGCAAACGGCUAACUGUGAGCAGGUGAGUGCAGACGGUGGGAACGAUCAAUGCGCUGACACAACCAAGUCUCCAAAUGGAACGGUCAGUGAUGAUGGUAAAUGGAAUAGGCUAGAGGAAGGCUUAACAGAGGAGUCGGACAGGAGGAAAUAUCCGGCUGAGACAGCAUGUGAGGAUGCCCAUAUAAACAAGAGUCUAAACGAGGAUCAAGAGCUACAGAAUAAUGAUUCUGCCAAUCACGACAUAGCAAAAAAGCGAGGAAGAAAGAAAAACACUGCUCCUACACAGGAAGGAGAUCGCGAGAAUGGCAGGAUUCCCAGGAAAGGGAGAAAACGAAAGAGACUUGUCAGUGAGACGGAUGACGAAUACUGCUUCGAAGAUGAAGAAUCCUCAGAUGUCUCCACUGCUAAGAAGAGAAGAACGAAGACUGGUAAAUCCACCAAGACAAAAGUAAGGAGUUUGAAGAAAAAGGCAAGAAUUACAAGUAAAGCGGCCCUCAAAGGUGUGAAAGUUGUGACAGGGGUCAACAGUGUGGAAGCCUACCACGCGGGCAUGACGGCUGCCGCCCGACGCCGGGUCCAGACUGCAUUCAUGACAGGGCGCCUGCGUAUUGUGGUGGCCACUGUGGCUUUUGGCAUGGGCCUGGACAAGUCAGACGUCCGGGCGGUGCUGCACUUCAACCUGCCUAAGAGCUUUGAGAGCUACGUGCAGGAGAUCGGUCGUGCCGGCCGGGACCAGAAACCGGCGCAUUGCCACGUGUUCCUUGAGCCGCAGGGUAAAGAUUUGUGUGAAUUACGACGUCACACAUACGCCAACACAGUGGAUCAUUACUGCAUUAAGAAGCUUAUCAGCAAGCUGUUUCCUCCCUGCAAAUGCCAGCAAGCACGCAGACUUUACCAGAUGUCAGAUAAAGAUGGUGACACAAGCAACAAUAUUGCCUUGUCAUGCGGUGAGGCAGUUGAGGACAGGGAGAUUACCGACGAGCAGGCCAUGGCAGCCAUGGAAGAGUACGAAAACAGCCUCCCUGACUCAGAGACCCAGCCCUGCCGAUCCAGUAGGCAGCCAUUCGGCAAGAGACUAUGCAGAGGCCACCUUGUUGCCGUGCCAAUCGAUGCCACAGUGCAGGAACUGGACAUCAAGGAAGAAGGCAUUUCCACACUGCUGUGCUACCUGGAGCUCCAUCCCCAGUGCUGGCUGGUCACCUUGCCACCAACGUAUGCCACUUGCACCAUCCAGUGCUACGGGGGACCGGCCCAGCUCCAGCAAAUCGCCAAAGCCUGCCCACCGGUGGCCGUGGCAAUUGCCAAAAGCAAACAGCGUGGCAAGUCCUACCGUCACGCCAGCAGCGUAGAGUUCGAUGUGGUGGAAGUGGCUCGCUGCAUGGGGUGGGACCUGACCAUUGUGAAGAAGGAACUGCGGCAGCUCAGAUGGAGACAAGUCCUUGGGAAAGGGUGGAUCAAGAGUGGAGUCAUGGUAGAAUUCUCCAAUCUAGCAUUCUUGUCACUGUCGCCGGGUGAUUUGACAGAUGAUGAACAAGAUGAGUUAGUCCAUUACCUAACCAGCAAGUCCAGCUCGCAAGAAAGAAGGGAGCUUGACCAGCUAAGAGCUGUGCACUCAGCGCUUCACAGUAUCUCUCACAGCAAUUACUGGGACUGUAGUGAUGCCGUGGACUUGGAGCGCAGUAACUCCUUGAAGAGUAUUCUGAAGAAUUACUUUGCCAAACCACUCAGAGAUUACAUCGCCGAGGCCUGGAACAAUGACGGCAGCCACACUGACCAAUCGGAGCUCGAUGCAGCCAAGGUGGGACGUGCCAGGGGCGACGUACGCCAAUUUUUGGGCCUGCACACCGACAGAAGCUUCUCUGGCCGAGCCGUGGCACGUAUCUUCCACGGCAUCGCCAGCCCGUGCUACCCGGCCCAGGUGUGGGGAAGGGACAGGAGGUUCUGGAGGGCCCAUCUCGACGUGGACUUCAACCUGCUGCUGCAGAUAGCCACUGAAGAGAUACUCAGACUACGCUAAUGACCCCACAAAGUCGGCAAGAGUUUCUUGUGGCCAGGAGUCAGGAUUUUUCCAGACUCCCAAAUAGUGACAUUUAAGAAAUUUGAUCAUUUGGGGUUUGUUGUAUUUAAAUCAUUUCAUAUAUUUAAAAAAGUGCAAAUACAUUUGUACAGCUACUUGGUGGAGAACUCAUGCUUUUUAGCUGUUGAAAACCCAGAAAAAUUGCGAUAUUGUUUUUUCAUUGUUGCAGUCCUUCUGCUGGAUGUUUUGCUUCUUUCAUCUGCCAUUCUCAUCCAUGUUGGUGGUUUGUAUACAACCUCCACAUUUAUGGCCAAAUGACAUUUUUUUCUGGCAUUUCGUAUUAUACCAUGUAUAUGAAAAUGAAGCAUAAGCAUCUCUCCUAGUUACCUAUUUGUAAACCUUUGUAACUUUUCGUAAAUCUUCUGCUUGAUGUUGCCGGGAUAUCAUUUGGUUUAUAUGUGCUAAUUCCUUGUGCUUCAGAAGUACCUAAAGACCAAACCUGGCAAAGAAAGAACUUUGCUCAAGCAAAAGGCAAAGUUUUGCAACACUGCAGUAACAAGUUAGGUGUAUUGACGGACAGUGCCUCACUGGGUCUGUAAUGAUCUCGAUAUUGAAUGUAGAAUAUAAACAAGAUUUGAUUGAGUAGCAGGUAGGUAAUUGAUUAUGUACCUGAAUUGUGCACACAGCUCUACAAGGGCAAUUUACUUUUCAAUGCAGAUAUGUUCCUCAUGCUGAAAUGUUUAUCUUAUUGGUUUUUGUUGCCUACUGUUUAUUUUGCUCUGGUAUUGAUUCAUUGUAUUCUACCCAGGAAUCUUGUGUUUGUCUUAAGUUUAUCUUGAAUAUACCAGGGUCUUCGCAGUCGUAAAAAAGUCAUGGAAAUUUGUUUUCAUUUUCCAAGCCUGGGAAAAGUCACAGAAUUUUGUAAAAAUGACCUAAG